GUGAGGAGGACUGAAGUCCGAUGUGAGGCGGUUGGAGUCGCAGCCGAAAACCGGGAGCAGCUGGUGACCACCGUUAAGAACGGGAAUGAUUCACUGGAGAUAUGCAGAGUACUCAAUGGAAUGUGGCAGACGAGUGGUGGUUGGGGAAGAUCGACCGUGAUGAUGCCGUUGACGCUAUGCUCAAGUAUGCCGAUGCUGGCCUCUCCACCUUCGAUAUGGCUGAUCACUAUGGGCCUGCAGAAGAUCUCUAUGGCAUAUUCAUUAAUCGUGUCCGCCGAGAGCGUCCACCUGAGUUUUUAGAAAAUGUCAAAGGGCUUACCAAGUGGGUGCCACCACCAGUUAAAAUGACGAGCAGUUAUGUCCAGAAAAACAUCGAUAUUUCACGAAAGAGAAUGGAUGUUGCUUCCUUGGAUAUGCUUCAAUUUCAUUGGUGGGAUUACGCCAAUCCUGGCUAUCUUGACGCCCUUAAACACCUUACAGAUUUGAAAGAAGAAGGUAAGAUUAAGACAAUAGCUUUGACUAACUUUGAUACGGAGAGGUUACAGAUUAUAUUGGAAAAUGGGAUUCCAAUUGUCAGCAAUCAGGUCCAGCAUUCGAUUGUGGACAUGCGACCUCAACAAAAGAUGGCAGAACUCUGUCAGCUCACUGGAGUAAAACUGAUAACCUAUGGAACAGUAAUGGGUGGACUAUUAUCCGAGAAGUUCUUGGAUACCAACUUGUCAAUCCCUUUUGCUGGACCUCCACUCAACACUCCUUCCCUUCAGAAGUACAAAAGGAUGGUUGAUGCGUGGGGCGGAUGGAGUCUGUUCCAAGGUCUGCUUAAAACUCUAAAUCAGGUAGCAUCGAAACAUGGAGUCUCCAUUUCAAGCGUUGCUGUGAAAUACAUACUAGAUCAGCCAUGUGUAGCAGGGUCAAUGGUAGGUGUACGACUUGGAUUAUCGGAACAUAUCAAAGACAAUACUGCUAUAUUCUCACUUACACUUGAUGAAGAAGAUGUAAACAGCAUUAAAGAAGUUACGAGUAAAGGAAAAGAUCUGCUGAGAGUGAUUGGUGACUGUGGAGAUGAAUAUAGACGUGCAUAAGCCAGCCACUAUGGUUGCAGCCAUCGGCAUAAAGCGUUUGGAUUGGUGAGCUCAAAUACUUGAAUCUUGUUCGAACCCAUCUUCGGUAGUUCAGUCGAUUGUGUAUGCUGUUGGGUCAUUUCAGAGCCACCAUUAGGGUCUAAAUGAAAGGGAGAUCCACACACACCACCACAUUUACGCACUAUUGUUGUAUUAUGUAUUGAACAGACGCAUGAAGUUUGUUUUCCAAGCUCUCUUUAAGAUGGUAUUUAGCCACUAUAAUCAAGUAUGGUAUCCACCCCA